GCAUCGAAUGCUCCCAUCAAGUGGACUGUCUGUCAACUUCAGGAUGGCGCGUCGGACCCACUCCAUGCAUUGGACGUUUGUAUGCUUCUCGGCGCGCACCAAGUAGUAAAGGGUGCGUGCGCAUCCCCACCCGUGUGGUUUCUUUGCAGAAGGAGUAGCUCGGUACAAAAUUCGCUGCAUCUCCGCCUGCAGCCAACGCCGCGCGAUGCACGCGUUCGAGUACUGUCAGGCACGCCGCCAUCUCGCCACGUCCGUGGUCUGAGUUGACCAGACGCGUACGAGUGUAGGAGGAUUCGUCGACCGCGUUGGUUUUGUUACGAGCCAUGCGCGUGGCGUACCGUACGACACAAGGAACCAGAGCCGGGUAUCCAUGUACCACGAACGGGGCAAUCCUUGAAGAAGCCGAGUGCCAAUCACGAGCGUGGUCUAAAUUUAGCGUCGCGCGCGCUUUUGAAUUCCUGAAGUACUACACCGCCUUGGCGCUUAAAUGAACCGCAAGAUCGGCUUUGACAACCGCGUCUGCUACGAGCGCGACGUGCUCAAGGCGCAAAAGCUGCACCAAGAGCGGCUACGCUCGAUGCAGUCGUCGACCUUCUCGCCGGCCGCCAACACGCUCGACAACUCGCCACCAAAGCACUAUGCCCAUUUGGACGCGCGGCUCAAAACGGCCCAGCUCAAGCAAGAGCGCUACCAGCAGAUCUUUGAGGAGAACCAGCACCUCGUGCGCAAAAUGACCCGCAUCGUGGCAACGCACCCGACCGAACGCGCCGUCGAGUUCCGACCAGGCAUGCGCUUGACGGCCGAGCAAACGCCGAUGCUCGACUCGUACCUUUCGCCGCACUCGCUGAGCCGCGGGUGCGCGAUCGAGAAAGGCAGCAUGAACAGCGGUUUCCGCCAGCGCGAGCACGAGAAGAUCGAGGCCGAGAACCGCAAGAUGCUGGCGCGGCUCACGAAUAAAAAGUCGGCGUACAGCGCCUUGCGCUGGGACCAAGAGUACAAGGAAUCACUCGUGCGCUUCAAGCAUGUGCACCACGACGCGACGGUCGGGUACUUGUCGCCCAAGCAGCGCGACCCGUCGCCGUACCACGUGCGCGACAAGAGCGCGCUUCCGGUGAUCACACCGCGCGACGAGGUCAUGUCGGCGCCGUCGCCCCACCGGCCGAGCCGCAACCCGUCGAAUGUGGCCUCGUCCCCGCGUGACGCGAUCAAGCGCGGGGUGCCAGCUCCGUCGGGGAGCCAGCGACCGCUCACAGUGGCCAAAUCACCGUCACGGCGCAAGCAAACGUACAACACCAAGAGCGUCCCCGUGCUCCUCCUCGAAGCCACGACGUCGCUCGGCGUUCACUUUACAAUCGAAGAAAUCCAGACGGCGCUGGUGACACCGACCGAGACGCACCUUGGCGACCAGGGGCUUUUGAUUCGCGCCAAGAAGGACGAGCGCAGCGGCGAGUGUCUCGUGACCUUACCUCGGCUCAAGGACGUCGCGCAGGCAUUGCCAGGCCACAGUGAUAUCGAAGAGAAACUGCGUCGCAUUCAAACAACCCCCAACGUUGGCAACUUCCCCCGCGUCUCGCAAGCGCUUGACGAAGAGACCAUCAAGGUGCUCUUGAUCAAGCUUGUGCAAAGCGUCCGCGUCUCUGUCGGGCAGGACGAGGGUAGCCUCAGGCUCUCACUCGAGGUCGUUGCGCCAAACGAGGUGACGCCGCUGGAGCAGCCGUUAAGCGAUGCCUUGAAGCCAAGGCGGGAUGUCCGCACUGUCUUAUCGCUGUUUGCGUCCCGCGAGUUCCCGUCGCGAUCGCUCUUCAAGCACAAGGGAGCCCGGUUCCUCUGCCGUGUGCACGUGUACGAGCUACGCCGGCUGCUCACGUUCCAUGCACUCGACGUCGCGAGUGGCGAGGCGGUCAGCUUUCAGUUCACGGACGUUGAGCUGGUCUUGCACUUCAGCAAAGACAUGCCUGUGACUGUACAAGACGCGAACCGCAGCCUCUUGAAGCUCGCGCGGAAGCGCAUCCAACUCUAAGACGAUGUAUGGUACUUUUCAAGCACGCGUGAGAGUAGGUCGAGUUCGCGGCCGUAAAACUCGCGCAGUUGGAGCUCAAUUUUGCCGAGACGGUCG